ACCCACCACUUUCAUAUGUAACCCUAGAAAUUGCAACUUUGUAUAAUAUUUGCGUUUCCAAUGUAAAUUAGUUCCGUCAUUUAACUAAUCCGUAUCGGAGGCCAAAAGUCACAUACAAGGAAUCGUAAAACUUACAAUGUAGGACUUCUAAAGAAAUCUAUGUUAAUUUGCAAAUUUCUAAAAUGACCUAUUGUACUUUCGGUAUAAAAGGAGGCUGCGUCCCUCCAUGAUUCAUUCCGGGCUUGCUCCUCUCUCAGUUCAGUUGUAAAUCCUAAACUAACAUUUCUUAAAUAUAUAGUAAUUAUAAAAUUACUACUGGUUUCAAUUCUGUGAUAUCCAAAACCACCAACAAGGCAGUUCAGUGCAUCAUCUUCCAAGUACCUCGUGGCACACCCUGUCACGACGCUAUUUGUGGCGCAGUCGGUAGGAUUUUCCGAAGAACUACCAGGUGACCUGAUGCAGUGAAGUAAGUGGCCACAGCUUUAUUGUUUUCAUCCCUGCGAGUUCUCUUCUUUUAAGAACUAAUCGGAAAAAGUUCCUACAAAAAUUGAGCGCUGCUGCGAAAUUAUCUAAAUUACAUACUGAUUACUGAGAGAAAGCUGAGGGAUCGGGAGGAUCCAGAAGGUGAAAUCGAAAGUACUCACUCAGAAGACACCGUUCCUUCCUUAACAAACCCCCCCCCCUACUUGUUUCUUUUAUUUGUUAAAAUUUUAAUAUAGGAGCUCCGUAGGUAAAUUAUCCGUAGGUAAAUUAUCCGUAGGUUAAUUAUUAUUCAUACUAUAUUUUUAUAUCAUUGACCUUAAAUGACUAUAUAGUUCAACAAACGGAUAUUACCGCUUAAAGUAUUAAUAUUUUAUGUGUUUUAAAAUUUUUAUUGUGUGUGUGUGUUUUGUAUGUUAUAAAACUUAAAUUUUUAUGCCCAAGGGGACAUAUUUUACGCUUAUAGAUAACAGGGAGUGUACUACAGUUCUAAUAAAAGUAGUACACGAUUUAAGAACUCGUCUUUGCACGUUAACACAAUUAAGUAAUAUUAAUAGUGCAUAUUCUUUAUUUUCUUGUAAAAUAAUAUAUUUAACCUCUUUAGGUCAAUUCGCCAUUAAGAUUGAACAAAUAGAUUUUUAAAUUUAAUUUUUCUCUCCUUUCACCGUAAAUUUGUAGAUGGAUCUGUUAGCUCAGGCCGCUGAUAACAUGAAUCAGGCACAAGCCCAGGUUCCAGCUCAGGUUGAGGCCCAAGCUCAAUCCCAAGAGCAGGCUCAGCAGAGGUAUCAGGAAGACGACCUGACUAAUAGAAUGCAGGAAAACUUAAAUCUAGGAAACGAUAGAUAUGAGGAAGGUGGUUCGGAUGAAGCCGAACCAUCAUCAUAUUCUCCCUAUCGCUCAAACGCACAUCACGUAUAUGCACCAGUGUAUCAAGUAAAUUCGAGGAUGCCUCCUCUAGGCAUUCCUGUAGUACAAGAUACAAGCGGUCGAAACCCGCAAAUGCCAACGUUAGGCGAAAUGAUGAAAAUCAUUCCGACCUACAACGGCGACCCACGUCAAUUAAGCAGGUUCAUAAGAAAAUGCGAUUUCGUGCUACAACAGUACCGAAAUGGGUCUGAUGAGCGGUACUCGUACAUACUAGAAGUAAUUACGUCUAGGCUAAUAGAAAAAGCAGCUGAAUUGGUAAGCGAAAAUGACUACUUAGCCCAAAAUUGGACUAUGUUAAAGCAGCUCCUAAUUCAACAUUACGGUGAUCAAAGGACAGAACUCCUCCUUGAUCCUAAACUAACAUUUCUUAAAUAUAUAGUAAUUAUAAAAUUACUACUGGUUUCAAUUCUGUGA